UAAGGUUGGCUUACUUUUCAAGGAUCUGCCUACACUGAGACGAUGGCUACAGGAAUAUUCUGUGAACCGGAAGAGGCCGUUCAAGGUGAGACAUUCGUAUGCACAGCGUCGUUACACUGUUGUGUGCGAGGUGCCAGAAUGUAAUUGGAGGGUAUGUGCCCGAAGGCAGAAGGACACCGGAAAGUUUAAGAUCACCAAAAUUGUAGGUCCACACACUUGUGCCCAGACAGAGCUGAGCUCUAAGCAUCGUCAGUUGACAUCUACCCUGAUUGCGAAAAGGAUAUUGGGGAUAUUGAAGGGUCAGCCAAACUUGAAGGUGAAGUCAAUUAUGACCAUGACUUCGGAGCUGUUUGGUUACAGGAUCAAAUAUGGGAAAGCAUGGAGGGCAAAGCAGCGAGCAUGGAAGAUGAUAUACGGGGAUUGGGAGGAGGGUUACGAGAAGUUACCAGCAUUGUUCAAUGCAAUGAAAGCAAAAAACCCAGGCAUGCAUUACGAGUACAUCCCCAAACCUAAUGAAUGGAGGAACGGCAAAGAGAUAUUUUAUCGUGCUUUCUGGUGUUUCUCGCAGUGCGUAGAGGCCUUCAGGCAUUGUCGUCCCGUGCUCUCUAUUGAUGGUACUUUUCUUCUUGGGAAGUAUAAGGGCACAUUGUUGGUUGCCAUAUCAUGCGACGCAGACAACUCACUGGUUCCUUUGGCAUUUGCUUUGGUGGAGAGGGAGAACAGAGAUAGUUGGUCUUGGUUCUUGCGGCUUGUACGCAUCCAUGUCGUAGGCCCUGGACGCGAGGUUGGUGUCAUAUCUGACAGACACCAAGGUAUUCUUAAUGCAGUGCAAGAGCAGAUUACUGGCUACGCACCCAUGCACCACAGAUGGUGCACUCGACAUCUAGCAGAAAAUCUUCUUCGAAAGGAUCAUAGCAAGGCUAACUUCCCCCUUUUUGAGGAGGUAUGUCGUCAGUUGGAGGUUUCGUUUUUCGAGGAUAAGUUGAAGGAACUACAAGAUGCAACAAAUGCUGAAGGUAAGAACUGGAUUGCUGGAUUGCUGAGGGAACCGCACAAAUGGACAAGGGCCUACGACGAAGGUGGCUGGCGGUUCGAGUUUCAGACUAGCAACAUGGCCGAGUCAUUUAACAGUGUGCUCAAGGGUAUACGGGGCAUGCCAGUCAAUGCUAUAGUAACAUUCACUUUUUAUAGGCUUGUGGCUUGGUUUAAUGAUAGACACGCGCAGGCCAAGGCAAUGCAGACCCGAGGGCAGAGAUGGGCACCUAAACCAACAUCACACCUUAAUAAUGCAAAGGAACGUGCCCAUAGACAUGAGGUACAAUGCUUUGAUGAGGAGCUGGGUAAAUACGAGGUAACAACACUAGGCGGCAUAACUUCGGACGAUGAGGUGCGACCUUCGAGGACACAUGUCGUGUUACUUGAUGCAUUCUGGUGCGGAUGUGGUAAACCUAGACAAUACCAUUUUCCAUGUUCUCAUUAUGUUGCGGCCGCACGUCAUCGUAACUUUGCAUUUGAGAGCAGAAUACCUUCUGAGUUCAGUGUAGAGAGCUUAGUACGUACCUGGAGCCCUCGUUUUGAGCCAUUUCUUGAUGAGUCACAAUGGCCAACGUACACCGGUCCGGUAUACGUUGCUGAUCCAGCGCAUCGAUGGGACAAACGUGGUAGUAGGAAAAGGAGCCGGUGCAACAUGGUUAUGGAUCAGGUUUCCGGUCGCAGUAGGAGAGGACGAGCGUCCCCCUUUCUCGUGGACCCAGAGCAGAAUGAAUGCGGAAAAUGCGGUAGACUUGGCCACAACUCACGUACAUGCAUUUGGACACUUAGUCAGGAUGGCGCAGUUCCACUUGCUGGACCCUCACUACGACGAGCACCACAGGGGCCGUCUCACCGCAGAGGGAGAGGUGUUGCCCGUUCUGCGGGUCCGGACCCACGACCGGUUUCUGGAGGAGAUGAGGUACGAUGAGAGGUACACUCCUCUCCUACAGAGGGCUGGCUUGGACGUCUUAUCGUACCAGGUCCGCCGUGGGCUGCCCACUUUCAACCCAGCGGCGUUGACGGCUCUGGUCGACAGGUGGCGGCCAGAGACUCACACUUUCCACCUUCCCUGCGGUGAGAUGACUGUGACGCUUGAAGAUUGCCAGAAGAUUCUUGGUCUCAGCAUUAUGGGUCGUCCAGUGACCGGUUAGGCAUCACCAGGCGGUUGGAGGCAGAGGGUGGAGGCCUUUCUUGGGAGACUGCUUCCGGAUGAGCUACGAGGUAGCCACAACACCGGAGUCCCACUGACCUGGCUUAGGCAGAGCUUUGGGCAGUGUCCACCUGGUGCAGAUGAGCAGACGGUUGGAUACCAUUGUCGAGCUUGGAUUCUCCAUCUCUUUGGUUCAGUUCUUUUUCCAGACUCAACAGGCGACAGCGCGUCAUGGAUGUUUCUGCCCUGCCUGACUGACUGGGAUACGACCGGAGGUUACAGCUGGGCUUCAGCAGUGUUGGCCUUCCUGUACAGGCAACUUUGCGAGGCUUGUCGUCGUUCGUCGAGGACGGCCAGCUUAGGUGGAUGUGUCUACCUACUACAGCUGUGGAUGUGGGCACACAUACCAGUCGGGCGACCCAGAGAGUUUCCUCCUCGUGAGUGGUUCGUGGUAGCCGGACAUCGGCUUAAGCCCACGGCUGCUUACCGCUGGGACCAGGUCGAGGAGCCAUUCACACGACACCAGCGUGCUUACGUGGAGUACUCAAACGAGCUCGACGCACUUACUCCUUCGAUGGUGACUUGGCAACCGUAUCUUGAUCCAUAUUUCGCCAGCAUACAGUUGAGCAGCAUGUGCUCAAUAGACGAGAACCUCUACCUCAUGAGGUGUCCCCUCAUAUGUUUUUAUGCUGUUGAGUACCACUUGCCCCCACAGAGUUGCUCGACAGUUCGGAUUGCGCCAGGAGUUUCCGGUGGAGCCAUUCUCGACUUCAAUACAACUUCAUAAGUUCGACAGACAGAGACAGAAGAAGGUCACGGACUUCGAGACGCACCAUCGUGAUUACAUUGAUGAAUGGGACCAGCAGGGGGAUCUGAACUAUGAGAAUGACCAGGCGCACACAAACUACAACUUCCGGAGGUAUUUGAUUUGGUAUUCGGGUGUGACUAGGUGCAAGCUGAAGGGACAGUGGACAGCAGCAGACUACGCCGAGCAAGAAUCGUCAGACGACGAAGACACAGCUUUCGACAUAGCUGCUCGGCACGGGUCCCAAAUUGAGGCUGCUCCAAUCCUUGAUA